AUGGCCGGAACCAUUCGGCGCAAGUACCUUUCACGAUCAAAGGAGCGAAGCUUGUGUGAAAAAUCAAAAUGGUGAGUAAAAAUUUGCAUUUAUUUGCAUACAAUACAUAGAUGGAAAAUGUUGAAUUGAUCAUUCCCACAUUUGCAUAGGAAAGGCACUGUGAUUGUAAAAGUUCUUGCAGUGUAAAAAGGAAAGAGAAUGGAACUCGAGGUUGUCGUUGCAAAGGGCGAAAUGUCGAAUGUUCGGAUAAAUGCCGGUGUGGUACUCGCGAUAAACCUUGCAAGAAUAUAGUAAGUAUGUCAAUAUAUUAAUUUAAACAUUAAAAUUAUAAAUCGAAAGCAUGAAUUUAACAAUUGCUUUUAUGAUUUUCGUCUAGGCAAUGACAGAAAACAUGGGAAGGGAGAGAGACAACAGGAGUGAAAAAGCUACGGAUACUCGUGCAAAACAAGGCAAAGAAAAAGGCUUUCGUCUUAGUUCUAAACCAACCGAGUCAGAGGAGACACAGAGGGAAAAGGAGCACAAAGAUGUCAAG